UAAUAAUUGACAAGUGACGAUGCUCCAUCGACUUCCUGUGGAGGUUUUAGAACUUAUAGUUCUGUAUCUUGAUGCUCAGGAUAUAGAUAGUCUCUUUUCCAUUGACUACUUCAAGGAGAGGCUUGGAGAGGGUGUACUUGUAUUAGACGUCAAAGCUGGCGAGUCAGAGGACUCGGAGGAGUCGUUAACUGAUAAGAAAGAUGCCAUCUUAUGUAAGAUGUUUCCAAAUCUCACUAAAAGAUGUACCUUAGAAGAACUGAAUAACAAAAGUUUCAGACUCAAGUCCUUUGUGUGUCUUGUUAUCUUAGCAGAUGAUAUUGGAAGUGAUGAGCUAGUGCAAAUUAAAGAUCUGAACAUCUGUAAGAAGUAUUGUAUCCCUACUAUAGAUGACUUUACAAUAUACCGUGAUGAUUUCAGUUUCCUGGAAAGGAAGAAUGCUUCGAUGGAUACAGUUUGCUACCUUGAUGUUCGUUCUUUAGACUUCAGGAAUAGUCUUGAUUAUCUCCACCGUUCCAUCCUUCAGUUCCCUAAGCUGGAGGAACUCACAUUGAAGAAGAUCUCCUUCAUCCCAUCAAAUCUCAACUUACCAUUAUUAAUAAAGAUGACUCUAAAUCAGUGCGAGAGCUCAAACAUUUCUUCGAGAUGGAAACUGCCAAAACUUAAAACGUUAUUCGUGAGAGGAAAGUUCAAAACUAUUAACUCCUCAAUUGAUUACGGGAACACCACAAUUGAAGAAAUGCGCUUAGCGUCGAUCAAAGAUAUGCGUGAAUGGUCAGGUAUUUCCAAUAAGUCAUUCAAAAAAGUUCAAGUAGGCGUAUACAUAGACCAGUUUACACUACAAGAUAUGAACUUUGAAGCAGCAGAGUUUCUUCGUUUCUCCACAGAAUGUACAAGUGCAAGUACUGUCUCUAAUUUGAAACUUCCAAAUGUCGAACAUAUAGAACUGAACCUCUCCAGUGAUGAGAGAGACUCGCAUUCUAUCUCUUCAAUCAAUGCUCCAAAAUUAUUGGUGCUUCAAAUCUACAAUACCCGGUUUGCACUUUGGGAAGACAUAAAAUUUCCUUCUUUGGAGAAAUUGAUUAUCAUAGAUACAAGAGGCCCUACAGAUGAACGUUUUAAAACAUUGGCUAAAUCUGUGAAAACCCUGGUCUGUGAGAAUACAAAUUGGUGGAAGUUCAACUCAGAUGUUGAAAAUCUUACAUUCUCCGGUGAUGAAUCGAACUGUAGGGAAUUAGAAUCGUCCCAAUUCAAUCAUUUGAAAAGCUUCACUUUUUCAACAUCCUUUUAUACGAACGAGAGGGCUGAUUUGACAGAUUACGUCUAUCCAGAUGCACCAAAUAUUGAAAGGUUAAGAAUUAAGAAUUCCCCACAGUAUUAUCCGUUUGAUAAACUCAAGCGUUACAAGCAUUUGAAAACGUUAUCCAUAUUUGAAGACUGGGGAGCUGAUGGAGACGUUCUAGGAGUUUCCUUAAAAAACUUGAAGUUCUCAAAUUUGACGAAGCUUGAAGUAAAGCUCUGUUUCACCGAUGUCGUCACCAUUAUUGACUGCUAUUUCCCAAAUUUGGAGAUACUAGAUGUUGAAAGGGAAUUUGAGUUCGAUUUCUACGAGAUAGAAAGAUCCCGUGGUAGGGAUAUAUCUCAGAUAGAGGUGGAAGCACCUAAUCUCAAAUCUCUGAGUAUCACUGGUGUGACAUUAGGCGAGCACUUCAUUGUCAGUCAGUACCGGAAGCUAAAACAGUUGAAGAUAAUUGGGUGUGCCAAAUUGAAAUCUCUGACAGUCCUGGAUUCACCAUUGCUGGACACAUUCAGAUUGUAUUCAUAUGACCAGGUCGAUCUUCAUCAUGAUGGGUGCCUAAAAGAUCUACAGAAGAAUGUAGAAGUCCACGAGGUUGAACAACCUGACUUUGAUUAUGAAUCUGAGACUGAGUAAGCUACCCACCAUGCUCAGCAAAUGAUUUGAUAUCGUUUCUCAUGCCUCACCUCUUUGUCUGCUGAUUCCAAUGAUCGCUGUGAAGAGUGUGAGCAAUCAUUGGCUUAUGUGAUAGCUGACCGUCUACUCGAUUUCCGGAUUUGUUACCGAAUUAAAUCAACCAUAAACUACUGUUACACUUUACAGCUAUUACACUCCUUCUGUUGUACUGAAACAACUUGAAUUAUGAAUCGUGGAUAUUCGGGUGUUCUCUACAAUGGUCUAAAAGGGACUCCUUGAACGGUUAUAGCUCCACCUUUUUGAUUCUUAUGAACCAACCUUUCCUCUUAUAUUGUCUAUAUUAUAUUGUUUCGAGAAUUAUUUUAUUGUCAUUAUCUAUAAGUUUCAAUUAGCACACCCUGG